AUGCCCGCCUUGGCUGGCAGGUUGGCGGUUUUGCCUGCAGGGCAAGCGCAAUGGGUUUUUCAAGCUGCUGCGCCAAGCGUCAUCUUCGAAGCCGUUGCAGAUCGCCAGGGCCUUGCUUUGCAGACGGACAGGCGUUACCUAGGGCGUCCUUUCUGGAUGGUUCGCUUGCCACCAACUGUCAUGAAGCAUUUGAUGGAGAUAGGCAAGGAGUUCGUGGUUCCUGGUGGGCUUGUGACUUCUUUGGGUCACCAGUUGCCCGGAACCGUUCCUGCUGCGGCAGAAGGAAGCCCCAGUGAUGGUGCCGACAGUGGUUCCUCUUCCUCCUGCGAGAUGAAGAAAGUGCGCAGGCCGGACAUGCAAGAAAUCCUGUUGGGAAAGCUCGCUUACAAGCUCAGCUCAACGGUAGGCAUUCAAGAUGUGGUUCGCACCGUCCUUCGAAUGUUAGUGCCAGAUAGUUUAGGUCUGGCAGACAACAUGAAAGUGUCGCAUGGGCAUGUGCGGAAUAUCUUGCUAAAGCUUGAUGCCUUGCAUUCCUUGUCUCGCCGGUUCCUUGCCACACCAGGUGGUGGGGCAGACAAGUCGCUGCGAAUUGUCAGGUACAUCAGUCCUGACAGUUCCCCGCAAGCGAAUUAUGAUUAUUUUUGUGCGACAGAAGAGUUGCUGCUCUAUCGUUCCGACGAGCUUCCAAGGGAUGCGGGUGGAAAUGAGAGACGGCUGUUGCAUCGGAUGGAUGACCUCUUAGACUGGAGGUGGGAUUCGCUCGCAAGAGUGCUGAAGGUUUGGGUUCCUCUAUAUCCCACCUUCAAGAAAUAUUGGAACCCAGCUGUUUUUGGUGGGGACAGCUCGUCAGUCACAAUUCGAGCUGUGACGGAAGCGUUGGCAGACGAGUGCCAUUUCGACAUGGCAGUGUGGACGCAUCAGUUCUCUGCCGAGGCCACCAGGCUGGCCCACUUUUUCGAGGGUUGUCACUGCCAUCAGGAGCAGCUGACAGACCCAGAAAACUGGGAAAAGAUAAACUGUUGUUGGAAAGGCAGGCGCUUGCCUUGGCUUGCGGUUGGUAAUCUCCAGGGAGCUUUGCAAGAUGCCAUGACAAACAACGAGAUUAGUGUUCUUGCGCAUCUCUUGUCUCGUUCUAGUGAAACUGCAAGUCGGAUGGCGCACAUGGCGGACACGUGCAACAAAGUAUUUGUUGCCGUUAUCCAGCAAAAGCUUGCGUAUGCUCAGCAAGUACCAUGGGUGUUUGCCGCAGCGUUUGCGGGGUAUAUGGGCGAGACUUGGGGCCGAGUGAAAAAGGUUCUUCGGCCACAUCUUCAGAACGUUGACAACAUGAUCUCCAGUGGCCAAGUCGGCGCUCUAGACUCUGUUACACAUGCUUUGUUUGGACCAACCGACACAGGCCGCAUGCUCCGAGAGUUUCUGAACUCGGAGGAUGACGUGCCCCUUGAUCGAUGGCCAGCGUUGUUUUGGAGAGUACAGGAAUAUGCCUUUGUUUCUUUGUCCGAGCGACACACGGAGAGAGAGCAUGUCGGUGUCAAGGUUGCAGCAAACCGUGGUCUCACAAAGGCUGGGCCUGCAGUUGUCUGCAGCCGCAAGCGCAGAGAUCAAGUGUUGGAGAUGCUGGAAGAUGAGAAACAGCUCGCUUUCUUGGUCAACAAUUGGCGCAGCAGGCGCCUUUGGAGUAGCCUGCUGGAGCACAUGCUCACUCACGAAGAGGUUCGACUUAUGGACACGCCAAAGAGGCUUUCCCGCUUGUACGGGUAUAGCGAGGAAGACCACUUCAAAGAUUGCGAGGACUCUGUUCGUGCUGAUGCCGUUUACCGCCAAACUUUGAGAGAUCAGACUUUGUUACUGGCCGGAAGCUUCAAGCUUCCGAGUGCUUCCCACCAGGUAGUGAACUGGCUGAAAGGCCAUUUGGCGACGGGCGUGUUUUUCAGUGUGUCCACGCAUGUCUUUGAGCUACUUGUCGACAGGGGUCGGAGAUGUGAAGACCCAGCCGCAUCCUUCAGAACCGACGUGCUGCUGUCUAUUCUGCGAGCCGACGUCCACCCUCGGGUAAGUGAUCGUGCUUCGGUUUUCUGCUCGGUGCUGGAUGCCAGGCCAGAAGCAAGAACGGAUGCUCGUGUUUCGCGACCUGCUGCACACAUCACAGACCCGAAGCUAGGCCGCCGCAGCUGUGUGGUUGUGCAGCGUUUCCACGACGUGGAUGUUUCCCAGGGCGUGCACGGCCUUGGUGGAGAUGUGCGGGUGGCGUGCACGAAUGUGCGGAUCGAGGUUCUCGACUUGGCACGGGUGUGCACAGCAGAGAACUUGAAAGCCUUUUGUGCAAACUGUUUGCUCUGGCGUGCUAUGCCUGCGGAACUGGCCUUGGCUCUGGGAGACGAGUCCACGCAGCCAGGUUUGCUGCAGGAGCCGCAAGUGCAGAAACUUCCAGAGAUUGUCUUAGACAGCGAUCCUGCCUGCUUGUUGAGUCGACCGCCUCCGGAUCCGCAUGUGGAAGAUGCCCUCGACAUCCUGCACCCCCCUGCCCAUGUCGUGCAGAAUGCGGACGACUCUGCGGUGCUGCAGGUCUACGGUGCUCCGUGUAGCGACCGAGAAAUGCAAGCUAUCAAAGAGUUGCUGCGAGCAAGGGCCAUCGGCAUUGAAUCUGCUGUGUAUGCCACAGACCUUGAACACUUCGAUGCUGUUGCACUGGAAGGCUUGCGUGACCGAGGUCUUGUCAUCUGCGAGACUGAUAUGUUCUCAGAUGUAUCCGUCGCCUUGACGGGCAAGUUGACCUACAGUGCAAGCUUGGUGCUGGCACGGCCAUUGUUGCUUUGGGAGCUUGACCAAACGACUUUGACUCGAGGCCAGAUGCCAGGCCGAUCAAAGUUGGAGUUAAUUCGUUUGUUGUUUGUCUUGGGCUGGGAGCCAGGGCUGGGCCGGGAAGCGUGGCAUCGCAAGCAGGGAGAGAAACGUCUUCCAGAUGACGUUCUAGUUUGCAGCCUCCCCUUCCUCAGAGCUUUGAUGCUGAGUCGGCUUAUAUGGGAAAAGCCCGGCAACUUGUCGGGCAUUUACUUGAAAGGCCCCCAGCAGUAUUAUGAGUUCUUGGUGGAUCAGGACGAUCUCAGCAGCUUGCGGGAUGCUUCUGCAGAGGAAAUCAAUGCUCGGUUCGCGCAGAAGAAAAAAAGACCUGCUGGCCGCAGCUUGACAAGAGAUGCGGCUACAGGUCUGGAGCUUGACCCAGAGGCUGAUGAUGCCGAGUUAGAAGAGCUUGUGCAAGAGCUGCCUGAAAAGCUCAUGCAAGCAGAAGAGCCGCAGCCAAGCAUGGCCAGCGGUGGUAGACGUGUCGCUCCUCUAGAAAUCGACUUGGGAGGCGGCGGGCUGCUGCCUUUUUGCUUGCUUGGCAAAUGCGAGCAGCUCACCACCGCAGAGCUGAAGCUCACAUUGCGGUGGGUGCCGGUGGUCUACAACCAGUGGGGCGAGGCGCAGCUCCCACACCGGCCGCCUGCGCUGUUGCCGCCGCAUCCGCCGGCGGCGGCGGCCCCUUUUGCUGGCACGGGUGCAGCCCACGGUGCAGCCACAGGUGGCGGUGUUGCUGCUAACCCCUCGGGGGCUGCAGCAAUGCCGGCGCCGAAAAAAAAUCCUGGCCAGGUGGACCUAAGCAGCGAGGAUGACGACGAGGAGUCUGAGGAGGAGGAGGCGGCUAAGAAGGACGAGGACAAGGAGCCGGACUCCCAGUCGCGGAAGGAUGAUAUCGUGGUGGUGGACCACGACCAGGAGAAGAAGAAAGAAGAAAAGGGUGGCAAAAAGGAGGAGGCUGCUCAGAAGCGCAAGAAGAAGAAGGAGAGAGGCCAAGCAGGCACACGAGGCCCAGGCCGACGAGAAGAGAGCGGCAAGGCCAAGGAGCCCAAGGAAGACAAGGAGGCGGAGGCGGCGGAGGGCGAGCCUGCAGCGCGGCCUGCGAGGAAGAACCGCAGCCGGCACUCAGCGGACGAGGCAGAUGUCGUUCGCUGCGAGCACUGCUGGAUGUGUGUGAAGAAAGAAGGCCUGCAAAGCCACCUGGAGAACAGCGAAUACUGCCGCCAGUGGCGGCUCCACGCCGCCGGCCAAAAUGUGGCCGGCCAAAAGCCUGCGGAAGAGCAGGCGAGCUCGGGUGCGUGCCAGUGCAGACACUGCUCACGGCAGUUCAUGCGCAGGUGGGACAUGCUGCAGCACUGCCUGGGCACGCACCCGAACUCCGACGAGGCUAAGGAAUGCUUGCAGGCCAUGCACAAUAAGCGGAAGAAGCAGCCAUCAAAGGAGGACCGGGCGGCUAGCAUGAGCCAACACAGGCCGCCGGUGCAGCUGCGGAGCAGGGGGCGUGUGGAGGAGCCGCCGCACAGACGUGGCCCGCGGCGUGAAGAGAGCCGAGAUGAUGAUGGCAGCCGUGGGCGGCGGAGAAGCCGUGGUGAGAGCCGCCAGAGCCGUGGCCAGGCAAGCUCUCGAGGCGGCGGCCAGGCAAGCUCUCGGGAGCCGCAAAGGCGGCGGCCAGGCAAGCUCUCGAGGGAGCCGCAAGAGCUCCCGCGGCAGCGAGCACAUGGACCGACGCUUCUCGGGCCGCUCCCGCAGCCGCAGGGCGAGCGAGCCUGCGGCAAGCUCCGGCCGCCGUGGGCGCGAUUCGCGGAAGGAGCCGACAGGGCAGCUAGGCCGCAGCAAAUCAUCGCCAAGGGAUCGGGCCAUGGUGGCGGGUCAGAGCCAGAGCCCUCAGAUCCCCCAGAUGAUGCUGGCCUUUUUCGAUGCCACCACAAAGCGGGCAGCAGUGUGAUCACUGAUGCGACCCAGCCGCAGGCGGGCAGCAGUGUGAUCACUAGUGUGAUCACCCGCCGCACACAGGAAGGCUCGCGUGGCUGUCUUCUGUUUUUCAUUCUGGAAAACAGCUCACAUUUGGCUGAUGCCAACCAUGCUGAGUUUCUGAAUGAGAUGCUCUUGAGACUUGAAGUGUCACUGCCAUAUUUCUUGGUAGACACCGUGAAAAAGGAUGCUGCGGAGUUUCUGCCAGUCAAGAGAGGUCGUUUUUUCAUCAGAGGGCUAAGGAGAGACUGCCUGCCAGACCCCAUGCAGGCGUUCCUCCCUGCCCCCCUGUGCUGCACGGAUCUGCUCCCGGCAGUCACAGUGGAAGAGAUUUUGGAUCUGAGCUUGGCUGCGACCGAUGUGCAGAGUUUGUGUGCAGGGCACGCUGCUAACCUCGCAUUGUACAAGCAGACCAUAUCUCAGUGCAUCGAAGAGCAUCGUGCCCAAGGCAAGCCGCUGCCCUCGAACACGGUUGUUGUGGAGUGGGGGUGGGGCAAGAUCCCAUCACUGAGGACUACGGGGCCACCUUUGUUUCUUCUGAGUUGCGAGGACUUGUCGAGGCCAUGGCAGGUCAUGCGACUGCACAGGUGGCUCAGCAUCGCUGAGCGGUGCAGCGCUCUGGGGCAGCGUGCAAGCCACGCGGCCUUGUUCUCGAGAGACACCCAUGCCCUGCAUGCGAUCGGGAACGCUCUCUCGCCAGUGCAGCUGGCCGCUGUUGCCUCGCCGCUCGUGGAGGCAGCGGUCAACUCUGGCGUGCUCACUGCAGGCAACCGUUGCAAAGCCUGCGCAGUGGAGCUUCUGCCGCACACGAAGCCACCGGGUACAUCAGCCGAUGACUUGGAGCUAGAGCUUGAGCGACUGGUUGACGAGCUUUUUUCGGAUGAUGAUCCGGGCAUGGACGUUGAUGAUGCUGCGCCACAGCGCUUGCCUUGGCUUGCGGUUGGUAAUCUCCAGGGAGCUUUGCAAGAUGCCAUGACAAACAACGAGAUUAGUGUUCUUGCGCAUCUCUUGUCUCGUUCUAGUGAAACUGCAAGUCGGAUGGCGCACAUGGCGGACACGUGCAACAAAGUAUUUGUUGCCGUUAUCCAGCAAAAGCUUGCGUAUGCUCAGCAAGUACCAUGGGUGUUUGCCGCAGCGUUUGCGGGGUAUAUGGGCGAGACUUGGGGCCGAGUGAAAAAGGUUCUUCGGCCACAUCUUCAGAACGUUGACAACAUGAUCUCCAGUGGCCAAGUCGGCGCUCUAGACUCUGUUACACAUGCUUUGUUUGGACCAACCGACACAGGCCGCAUGCUCCGAGAGUUUCUGAACUCGGAGGAUGACGUGCCCCUUGAUCGAUGGCCAGCGUUGUUUUGGAGAGUACAGGAAUAUGCCUUUGUUUCUUUGUCCGAGCGACACACGGAGAGAGAGCAUGUCGGUGUCAAGGUUGCAGCAAACCGUGGUCUCACAAAGGCUGGGCCUGCAGUUGUCUGCAGCCGCAAGCGCAGAGAUCAAGUGUUGGAGAUGCUGGAAGAUGAGAAACAGCUCGCUUUCUUGGUCAACAAUUGGCGCAGCAGGCGCCUUUGGAGUAGCCUGCUGGAGCACAUGCUCACUCACGAAGAGGUUCGACUUAUGGACACGCCAAAGAGGCUUUCCCGCUUGUACGGGUAUAGCGAGGAAGACCACUUCAAAGAUUGCGAGGACUCUGUUCGUGCUGAUGCCGUUUACCGCCAAACUUUGAGAGAUCAGACUUUGUUACUGGCCGGAAGCUUCAAGCUUCCGAGUGCUUCCCACCAGGUAGUGAACUGGCUGAAAGGCCAUUUGGCGACGGGCGUGUUUUUCAGUGUGUCCACGCAUGUCUUUGAGCUACUUGUCGACAGGGGUCGGAGAUGUGAAGACCCAGCCGCAUCCUUCAGAACCGACGUGCUGCUGUCUAUUCUGCGAGCCGACGUCCACCCUCGGGUAAGUGAUCGUGCUUCGGUUUUCUGCUCGGUGCUGGAUGCCAGGCCAGAAGCAAGAACGGAUGCUCGUGUUUCGCGACCUGCUGCACACAUCACAGACCCGAAGCUAGGCCGCCGCAGCUGUGUGGUUGUGCAGCGUUUCCACGACGUGGAUGUUUCCCAGGGCGUGCACGGCCUUGGUGGAGAUGUGCGGGUGGCGUGCACGAAUGUGCGGAUCGAGGUUCUCGACUUGGCACGGGUGUGCACAGCAGAGAACUUGAAAGCCUUUUGUGCAAACUGUUUGCUCUGGCGUGCUAUGCCUGCGGAACUGGCCUUGGCUCUGGGAGACGAGUCCACGCAGCCAGGUUUGCUGCAGGAGCCGCAAGUGCAGAAACUUCCAGAGAUUGUCUUAGACAGCGAUCCUGCCUGCUUGUUGAGUCGACCGCCUCCGGAUCCGCAUGUGGAAGAUGCCCUCGACAUCCUGCACCCCCCUGCCCAUGUCGUGCAGAAUGCGGACGACUCUGCGGUGCUGCAGGUCUACGGUGCUCCGUGUAGCGACCGAGAAAUGCAAGCUAUCAAAGAGUUGCUGCGAGCAAGGGCCAUCGGCAUUGAAUCUGCUGUGUAUGCCACAGACCUUGAACACUUCGAUGCUGUUGCACUGGAAGGCUUGCGUGACCGAGGUCUUGUCAUCUGCGAGACUGAUAUGUUCUCAGAUGUAUCCGUCGCCUUGACGGGCAAGUUGACCUACAGUGCAAGCUUGGUGCUGGCACGGCCAUUGUUGCUUUGGGAGCUUGACCAAACGACUUUGACUCGAGGCCAGAUGCCAGGCCGAUCAAAGUUGGAGUUAAUUCGUUUGUUGUUUGUCUUGGGCUGGGAGCCAGGGCUGGGCCGGGAAGCGUGGCAUCGCAAGCAGGGAGAGAAACGUCUUCCAGAUGACGUUCUAGUUUGCAGCCUCCCCUUCCUCAGAGCUUUGAUGCUGAGUCGGCUUAUAUGGGAAAAGCCCGGCAACUUGUCGGGCAUUUACUUGAAAGGCCCCCAGCAGUAUUAUGAGUUCUUGGUGGAUCAGGACGAUCUCAGCAGCUUGCGGGAUGCUUCUGCAGAGGAAAUCAAUGCUCGGUUCGCGCAGAAGAAAAAAAGACCUGCUGGCCGCAGCUUGACAAGAGAUGCGGCUACAGGUCUGGAGCUUGACCCAGAGGCUGAUGAUGCCGAGUUAGAAGAGCUUGUGCAAGAGCUGCCUGAAAAGCUCAUGCAAGCAGAAGAGCCGCAGCCAAGCAUGGCCAGCGGUGGUAGACGUGUCGCUCCUCUAGAAAUCGACUUGGGAGGCGGCGGGCUGCUGCCUUUUUGCUUGCUUGGCAAAUGCGAGCAGCUCACCACCGCAGAGCUGAAGCUCACAUUGCGGUGGGUGCCGGUGGUCUACAACCAGUGGGGCGAGGCGCAGCUCCCACACCGGCCGCCUGCGCUGUUGCCGCCGCAUCCGCCGGCGGCGGCGGCCCCUUUUGCUGGCACGGGUGCAGCCCACGGUGCAGCCACAGGUGGCGGUGUUGCUGCUAACCCCUCGGGGGCUGCAGCAAUGCCGGCGCCGAAAAAAAAUCCUGGCCAGGUGGACCUAAGCAGCGAGGAUGACGACGAGGAGUCUGAGGAGGAGGAGGCGGCUAAGAAGGACGAGGACAAGGAGCCGGACUCCCAGUCGCGGAAGGAUGAUAUCGUGGUGGUGGACCACGACCAGGAGAAGAAGAAAGAAGAAAAGGGUGGCAAAAAGGAGGAGGCUGCUCAGAAGCGCAAGAAGAAGAAGGAGAGCAGCUCUUCCAGCGGAGGCAACAGUGAGUCCUCCAGCAAGAAAGAAAAGCCCCGUGCAGCCCCCGCUGCCAAGGAGGCCAAGCAGGCACACGAGGCCCAGGCCGACGAGGAAGAGAGCGGCAAGGCCAAGGAGCCCAAGGAAGACAAGGAGGCGGAGGCGGCGGAGGGCGAGCCUGCAGCGCGGCCUGCGAGGAAGAACCGCAGCCGGCACUCAGCGGACGAGGCAGAUGUCGUUCGCUGCGAGCACUGCUGGAUGUGUGUGAAGAAAGAAGGCCUGCAAAGCCACCUGGAGAACAGCGAAUACUGCCGCCAGUGGCGGCUCCACGCCGCCGGCCAAAAUGUGGCCGGCCAAAAGCCUGCGGAAGAGCAGGCGAGCUCGGGUGCGUGCCAGUGCAGACACUGCUCACGGCAGUUCAUGCGCAGGUGGGACAUGCUGCAGCACUGCCUGGGCACGCACCCGAACUCCGACGAGGCUAAGGAAUGCUUGCAGAUGCACAAUAAGCGGAAGAAGCAGCCAUCAAAGGAGGACCGGGCGGCUAGCAUGAGCCAACACAGGCCGCCGGUGCAGCUGCGGAGCAGGGGGCGUGUGGAGGAGCCGCCGCACAGACGUGGCCCGCGGCGUGAAGAGAGCCGAGAUGAUGAUGGCAGCCGUGGGCGGCGGAGAAGCCGUGGUGAGAGCCGCCAGAGCCGUGGCCAGGCAAGCUCUCGAGGCGGCGGCCAGGCAAGCUCUCGGGGGAGCCGCAAAGGCGGCGGCCAGGCAAGCUCUCGAGGGAGCCGCAAGAGCUCCCGCGGCAGCGAGCACAUGGACCGACGCUUCUCGGGCCGCUCCCGCAGCCGCAGGGCGAGCGAGCCUGCGGCAAGCUCCGGCCGCCGUGGGCGCGAUUCGCGGAAGGAGCCGACAGGGCAGCUAGGCCGCAGCAAAUCAUCGCCAAGGGAUCGGGCCAUGGUGGCGGGUCAGAGCCAGAGCCCUCAGAUCCCCCAGAUGAUGCUGGCCUUUUUCGAUGCCACCACAAAGAUGCUGGACAUGCAGCAGCAGUAG